AUGGCGCAACUAGGAAUUAUAACACGAUUGGAUAUAGCCCAGCUAGGGCUUGACGAAGACCAUGAGCCGUACUCUGACGGUGUAGCCUGCAUACAGGCGUAUUGGGCGUUUUCUAUGGAUCUGUCUCAGAGGGAGAGAGACAACAUGCGCAACCUUAUUUUGGAUGACUACUACCAUCACUCAGUUGCGUCACGGGAAGAGUUCUAUGAACACCGCCUCUGCAGGGAUCCAGCUGGAAAAACCAGACCGGGCUUGAUCCUCCUACGAGCGUUAUACAAGGCGGUG